CCCGGCCGGCAGCCAUUUCUCCGCUUUCCGUACGAUUGCCGGCGUGAGGGAGGCGGAGGCAGGAGCGGCGGCGGCUCGCUUCACGUUGGGGCUGGAGAAUCGGAGGCGGACGGCUCACGGCGCUCUUCGAAGGUCACGAUGAGUUUACCCCUCAAUCCCAAGCCAUUCCUGAAUGGACUGACAGGAAAGCCAGUGAUGGUGAAGCUUAAGUGGGGAAUGGAGUACAAAGGUUACCUGGUAUCUGUGGAUGGCUACAUGAACAUGCAACUUGCAAAUACAGAAGAAUACAUAGAUGGGGCAUUGUCUGGACACCUUGGCGAAGUUUUAAUAAGGUGCAAUAAUGUCCUUUACAUCAGAGGUGUUGAAGAAGAGGAAGAAGAUGGGGAAAUGAGAGAAUAGCAUCUUUUGGGGGGAGG